CACGGUACAUGCAACUGCUGUGUGUCUCUGUCUGUGUAUCUUCCUGUCUGACCCCACCCAAAAACGACAACAAAAGCACACACUGUGACACAACUUUUUUUUUUUUCGUGGGGAAACUGUCAUUAACCGUAACACUCGUCUGUGUGUCCGUGAUACUCAUACAAAUUCCGGCAGUCACAUCGUCGGCUGCAUGUGGACAGCGCAGACGUCCCUUUCUCGUUGCAUGCGCAACAGGGGGGCCCGCCGCCGUCUCGCGGGAUGAGGGUAGGUGGAGGGGGUUGGGUGUAGUCCGAUACACGCUCGCUCAUCCGAAAAGGAGGAGAAACAGCCGAGAAAUCACCAACUCAAUCAUGGGGGGUAAGAUGAAUGUUGCCACAAUGCAAUGCAAUGUGACACAACACCAGCACAACGGACUAGGACACGUCUCAGGGAACAUGUGCGCAAACCCUCCCCCCACCUUCUCCCGCCUCCCGUCCUCUGUCUACUUCUGCUGCUUCUGGGUUGGCGUGGUGUCUGUCUUUGUGUUUGUGGUGAUGAGAGCAUUGACCACCCGUAUAGACCGCAUGUCGCGUAUCUGCGAGUCACUGAGCGCGAUAUCCCAUAUGGUGAGCUCAUCCAUCCAACCCAUAAACCGACCAUACGGGCGCGAGAACGCCGUCCCUGCAACAGUAGUCGUGGUGCCGUUGCUACUGCUGGUCGUGCCCGUGACAGUACCGGCACUACCGCCGAUGGCCGCGUCUUUCCAUGACGCAGAAAUGUCACCGAUCUGUGUGAGUGUCGAGUUGGCGGAGAGCACCUGUACGGCGUUGAUAUAGAUAGCCACGGGGCCUUCCGCCAUCCGGCCGUCGAAUGUGACUGACAUACGGGGACACACGCCAGGCAAAGACAAGGCACGUGUGCAUUGGUGUCGGCGUAUGCAUGGCCAUGCACUCGUCAUCUCACCGGUUACAUGAUUCCAUUCGGCUUCUGGGUACGCCGCGCUGUACGUCUUUUCCACCCCAGCAGCAUGGUCGGCGAUGGCCAAUCUCAGCGAUCCAUCCCACAACGUCAACGAAAGGCCCCCUCCAUGCCCCCCUUCCUCAUACACCAGCUGCAUCUCCUCAAGCCUCACGAGCUUCAGAAACACCAUCAGUGUGAACGAUCGGCAUGGACGCGACAGAAGGUCUGACUCGAGGAUCAAAUGAUAGUCGCCGUCAAACGAUAUCGUGGUAGAGUUGAAGCGAGGGUUGUCCUCUGCAUCAUACAGGGGGUACUCGGCUUGCAGCAACUCUGUCUGGACGGUGGCCUCAUUCUGCAGCAACUCGUCGGUCAGGCUAUCCUCGAAAUUAAACCUGGCCACCAUGCGCGCCUGACGCUUGAACGUGAUGCUGCCAACAUUGGCAGCAUCAUCGUAUAUGCGGAUGUCGUCCAACAUCCCAACGAACCCAUCAGCAACGUCAGACGCUGAUGCGCCGAGAGAGGCGUCUGCUUCGAUGGUGAGAAUCUCCUCCCCAGAUAGACUCGAGAGGGGCAUCCGGCCCACACGAAGUCCGCUCAUGUAGCUGCGUGUACGUUGGGGGUGCGGGAAAGUACAACAAAUACACAGGCAUUGUGGGUAUAAUGUCUUACAGGGAUAAGGCCUUUGUGACGUCAACUUGCACGGCGACGGCAGUCCACUCGGUCGCUGUGUAGGGCGCGGUGACGCUGUAGUCCUCUCCGUCUACCUUCAGCUUGGCCACCAAGCUCCUCAGCUCUACACGCAAUUGUAGUCCAGUUGUGUCGGUUCCCUCGCCUGCACAGACACGCACGAUGGAUGGACACCCCUCAGCCAAUACCCAUGCUCACUGUAUAUUAGCUGGUACACGGCAUCAUCGGGGUUCGCGCGCAGCUGUACCCACAGAGUGAUGGUGCGGACAGAGAACGGCCGCCACAGCAGCGGGCUGCGGACAAUGGCACGGUCGCUCUGCGUGACGAAGGUCAGCACAUAGGACAGCUGCAGGGCGUUGUUGGUGAGCCGUGGUUGGUAGUAAGGCGUCUGCAACAGUGUGUCUGCGACACGGGUGAGGGUGGCGUUGCCGACGAGGGUGAGGUUCGAGGCGGCGUCACGCCACCGGAUGUCCUCGGUGCUCUCGUGAUCAAAUGGCCACUCAAGCAAUGGUCUGCACACACACACCAAACCACACGAGACGACACGACGCAUAUUUUGGAAUGGAUUUCUGUUCCUCCGCUCGUCCGUAUGUACGCACAGUGGGUAUAAUCUAUGUGGGAGCGCGGUCCCCCUGUAGACGGGCGAUCGCUGAUACAGCGAAAGGUCCAUCAUGUGGUCGUCCAUCUCCUCGCGAAGUUUCUGCAGAAGUGGUGCAUACUUGGGACCGUUGGCGAGAUUGGCCGUCUCCUCAGGGUCAUCAUCCAGCCUGAACAGCUCAGUCCACUCCUUCCACUGAGGGUACUCUGUCAGCUUGGCGUCGGGCUGCGUACCCACGCUUUCACCCGUCCGCCAAACCAUACAUGUGGGUACUACAAGGGCACACAUACAGAUACACUAGUGCGACGGUCUCUCCCGGCUCGCUCACUUCGUGCGACGUCGCUGGCAGCUUCAGAUACUGCAUCGUCCUUGAGGCCCAGAUACACGUAGGCAAAGUGAUUCGGCCACCAAAAGGGUGCCACCUCCGCACGCUGCGCCGCGUCCAGCAGGGGCAUGAACGAGAUGCCUUGCAUGUACGGAGGCACUUCCAGCCCAGCAAAGUCGAGGAGCGUCGGGGCGAUGUCGACGUUUAACACGGUUUGGUCGAUGACCGUGUUGCGCUUUAUGAGCGCUGGGUAGUGAAUCGCCAAGGGCACCCGAAUAGACUCUUCAUAGGCGACGAAUUUGUAGAAGCUCAACUGAUGAUUGUUGGCCGUCAGACCUGAAUAUAACGAACUCGUAGGAGUUGCAUUCUCAGAGUGUGAGGUCGCUCAGACCAUUGUCAGACACGAACAUGAUAACCGUGUUGUCCAGCAGGCCGCGCUCUUCCAGGGCAGCGUACACGCGGCCGACACUGUCAUCGAGUGACGCGAUCAAGGAGGAAUAGUUCUCCAAGGUCUGCGAAAACCCGUCCUCUGAGCCAUAAAAACUGAACGGCUCUGUAUCCAUCCCCGCCUGCAGAGGCCCGUCUGUGCAGACACGUGUGUGCGUGGAGUGAUUCUCUGACUUACUGACAUCGAAUGGGGGCGCGGUGUUGUGGUUGCGGCUCAAUUUAGGUUCAAUGCCGGUGAAGUUGAAUGCGUGGCCUUUGCCGGGUAGAAAGGGCUUGUGGGGAGCCUUCAAACCGAUCGUUACCUACACAUAUACAGACACCAGCUGCUUGACGUGGUCCGAACCAGCCAUCUGACGAGUCACCAGAAAUGGCUGAUCGUGGCUGGUAGCCUGAUGCUCCUCAAGGAACUCCGUGAAAAAGUCCGUUUUCGCCUUGUCGAAAAUGAGACCAAAGAGAAGGGCAUUGGUAUCACAUUUCGACAGUGCCGAAGUGAGCACCUUGUCGACCCACCCCUGGCGCUUGAUCAACCGCUCCUCAAGCGGUGCCGUGUCAGGUUCCUUGAAAUGAGCAUUGGAUAAUAAUGUAUGUUGGGGAUACGGACAUUCGGCGUGUGCUGUGAGUUACCUUGUAGAAGACCAUGUGAUAAUACGUAGCACUGCACGCAUAUGGGGAAAGGUUAGUGUACAGACAAGAGAGGCCGCAUCCCAUGCAUGUGCGUGAGCUGGUACAUACCUGCCGAUGUACGUCCUGUACCACUGGAAGCAGGGCCGCUCCGACUGUUUGCCCAUGUGCCACUGAUACCAACCAACAAUUUGACGACGUCCCCGGCUGCCCAUGAGGUAUGCCCACCCACCUUCCCUAUGUAUGCCGUCUUGUACCCAGCAUCUCCCAACAGACAUGCAUACCUGUACGAUCAAUCAAUCAAUCAAUCAAGAGCUGUCGUUCAACCCCCACGUGGGCAUGUCCGAGGACAACUCGUCGUUGUUGCGAUAGACGCCAUUCAUGAAAUUGUAUCGUCCUGUGAGCAUGCACGCCCUGCUCGCGCUGCAACUGUACACACAACACACAUACGAUACAUGGGUGCUGAGAACGAAGAUGCGCCCUUUCCAUCCAUCGCCUACGAAGAUAGUGUGACGUAUGCAUUGCGGAAGCGCGCCCCGCCAGCCGCAAGACGAUCCUGCAUACACGGCGUCGCAACCACAUAUAGAAAAGGGGCACAGAAGUAGAAGCAGCUCACGCACGAUGUUUGGCGUAGCCUCCUGCAUCCACGGGAAGAGAGCUUCGCGGAAAGGAGGAUGCUUGUCCGCGGCAAGCUCCUUCUGUGCAUAGCCGACUGCGUCCCAGCGCAGAUCAUCAGCUAUGACGAUAACGAAAUUAGGCCGGGAGAGAGGCUGACACAGACACACAAAAGGACAAGGUGUGCAAGACGCUACUAUGGACGUCGACGUUAAUUCAGUUAGAAUUGCGUAAUAAGUUCACUCAGCAAGCAGACAUUCACCGGCUGCGAGGAUGCCGCUGGCGUGCGAUUGCUGCUUGCUGAAGGCGAGUGGUGGUAGCCUCUCUGCGCCUGCUUCUUAUUCCGCUCAUCGUCUUGAAGCCGACCGCUUUCAUCUGAGUCCUCGCGAAGCAUCGAGCCUUGUUGGGACGUCCCCUCUGCGUUGACAGAUAGCACCCAAAUGAACAUGACAGCCACAAGCCAAGCACAGAAGUAGAAGCAUCGCUUGAACAUAGCUGUUAUUCCAUCAGUCAAGGCAUAGCCACAGAGAUCAGGUCAGCCGAGAGAGAGCAAGCCGAGACGUCCUGGAGAUUCCCUUGUUUCGACGUUUCUCCGUCUGCGUACUAUUUCGACGGACGUUUAUUUCAGGCCCAAAGGCACAGCGAACACUCGGAGAAAGUCAAACAUCCCGUACUGUAGCUGUUGCCCUCGGGCCUGCCAUCGUCGUUUCCGUGUCCGUUCCUUGAGGUAUGCCUUGAUGGUCUCGAGGCGCUCGUUGGGGUCGGCUGUCUCGAUGAUCUCCUUGAGGGCCUGCACCCGAGCGUCUCUGGUCUGAUGCCGUGGAUGUACGAUCUUCAUCAUCAUACUUUGCCGGAGAAUAGGAAUCGCGUG